AUGUCUCGCCCGGACGAGACACUGGUAGCCGCUGCGGCAAUUCUGCGUGGACUGGCCAAAGGCUCGACCUCCUCGACCUACACCAAUGGCCUGAAGCUUCCACCAUACAAGCUUCCCGGUGAAGAUACACCAGGCAAAGAAGACUUCGAAGCUGAAAUAGCCGCUCUUGCAAGACGCAUACACUACCUGGAAUCUCGGGCGGACGUCGUCGGUCGCUCACUACCAGACACACCAGGUGAAUUCCAGAGUCCUGCCUCGCCUUUAUCCCGCCCAGUGGAACCUCGAGGUUCUCUGGGCGAACCUGGCGCUGAUUUCUCUGCAGACUCUGCUGAGAGGACACCUACAAGCUCAAAUCAUUCGAGGCGUGUCAACAAUCUCCUUGCCGCCAGAGACUCCUUCCGACCCUCGGAGCCGGACCGUGCAGUCAGCGAAGAUGAUAUCAGCAUAUUGCGAGAACAUGUUGAAAGGCAGGCGGAGCAGAUUAAGAGUCAGCGAGACACCAUUGCAGAAAUCAGUCGCGGUCUGCGAAAUUCUGAAGAGCAAGCCAAACAAGCUUUCAUGCGGGUAGAGAAUGAGGACGUCUCGAUCUUAGAGAGAGAACUGCGUAAACACCAGCAAGCCAACGAGGCAUUCCAAAAAGCACUACGUGAGAUCGGCGGCAUCAUUACUCAGGUGGCCAAUGGUGAUCUGUCCAAACGAGUCCAGAUCCAGGCAACGGAGAUGGACGAUGAAAUUGCCGCCUUCAAGGUCACCAUAAACACUAUGAUGGAUCAGCUCGAGAUCUUCGGCAGCGAGGUUACUCGUGUCGCCCGCGAGGUAGGCACCGAAGGCAUUUUGGGGGGACAGGCUCAAAUCAGUGGAGUACAUGGCAUAUGGAAGGAGUUGACGGACAACGUCAAUAUUAUGGCAGCGAACUUGACCGACCAGGUCCGAGAGAUCGCAACAGUCACCAAGGCUGUCGCACGCGGUGAUCUCAGUCAAAAGGUACAAAGUCGCGCAAAAGGCGAAAUUUUCGAACUACAGCAUACAAUCAACACCAUGGUUGACCAACUUCGAACAUUUGCCACCGAAGUCACUCGCGUAGCAACAGAUGUCGGAACGGAGGGUGUUUUAGGUGGACAAGCUCAGAUCGAAGGUGUCCAAGGCACAUGGAAUGAACUGACCAAGAGCGUGAAUGCCAUGGCCGACAAUCUCACAACACAGGUUCGAGACAUCGCAAUGGUCACCACAGCCGUGGCAAAGGGUGACUUGACACGAAAAGUCACAGCAAGCUGCAAAGGGGAGAUUCUGCGACUGAAGAUUACGAUCAACAAUAUGGUUGAUCAAUUGCAGCAGUUUGCGCAGGAGGUCACAAACUUGGCCAAGGAGGUCGGAACCAAUGGCGUGUUGGGAGGUCAAGCUACAGUGCACGACGUCGAAGGCACUUGGAAAGAUUUGACGGAAAAUGUCAAUGGCAUGGCAAUGAAUUUGACAACCCAGGUUCGAGAGAUUGCUGCGGUCACCACCGCUGUUGCCAAUGGCGAUUUGUCAAAGAAGGUUACCGCCGAUGUCCAGGGCGAAAUCCUCGACCUGAAGGUGACCAUUAAUUCCAUGGUCGAUAGAUUAAACACUUUCGCGUUUGAAGUCAGCAAAGUGGCGAGAGAAGUCGGCACAGACGGAACUCUUGGAGGGCAGGCGAAGGUCGACAAUGUCCAGGGCAAGUGGCGAGAUUUGACCGACAAUGUCAAUACGAUGGCUUCGAACCUGACAGACCAGGUGCGAAGUAUCUCGGACGUCACACAAGCCAUUGCUGCUGGAAACCUAGACAAGAAAAUCGAGGUACAGGCGCAAGGUGAAAUCUUGACCCUGAAAGUCACUAUCAACAACAUGGUAGACCGCUUAGCCACCUUCGCCCAUGAAGUGCGAAGAGUUGCUCGCGACGUGGGUGUCAAUGGCAAAAUGGGUGGUCAGGCCAACGUUCACGAUGUCAGUGGCCGAUGGAAAGAGAUCACAGAGGACGUCAACACGAUGGCCGAGAAUCUGACCGCCCAGGUUCGUGCGUUCGGUGAGAUCACGGAUGCGGCGACGGAAGGAGAUUUCUCUAAGCUGAUCAGCGUCAAUGCAUCCGGUGAAAUGGAUGAAUUGAAGAGGAAGAUCAAUCAGAUGAUUUCAAACCUCAGAGACAGCAUUCAGAGAAACACGGCGGCACGUGAAGCAGCCGAAUUGGCCAACCGGACAAAGUCCGAAUUUUUAGCCAAUAUGUCCCACGAAAUCAGAACCCCUAUGAACGGCAUCAUCGGCAUGACACAGCUGACGCUGGAUACUGAUGAUUUGAAACCGCAUUCGCGAGAGAUGCUCAACACCGUCCACAAUCUCGCCAACAGCCUGCUCACUAUCAUUGACGACAUCCUCGAUAUAUCGAAGAUAGAGGCCAAUCGCAUGGCCAUUGAGGCUAUUCCCUACACCAUCCGUGGUACCGUCUUCAACGCUUUGAAGUCACUGGCUGUCAAAGCGAACGAGAAGUCGUUGUGUCUGGCAUUUGAUGUGGAUAACUCAGUGCCGGACUAUGUGGUCGGCGAUCCAUUCCGGCUGAGACAGAUUAUCCUCAACUUGGUCGGCAAUGCGAUCAAGUUUACUGAUCAGGGCGAGGUCAAAGUGACAAUCAAGAAAUCCAAGGACCUACUAUCAAACUGCGCAACUGACGAAUUUCCCUUCGAGUUUGUGGUUUCGGACACAGGAAUCGGCAUCCAGUCGGACAAGCUUGACCUCAUAUUUGACACUUUCCAGCAAGCGGAUGGCUCAACGACAAGGAAAUUCGGCGGUACCGGUUUAGGGUUGUCCAUAUCCAAGCGUCUGGUUAACCUCAUGGGUGGCCAAGUGUGGGUGACCUCCGAUUUUGGCCAUGGGAGCGAGUUUCACUUCUCGUGCAUUGUCAAAUUCGCGACGGACGACAUCAGUGUCAUCAGUUCCCAGCUCUAUCCUUUCAGGAAGCAUAAGGUGCUCGUGGUAGACAAGGGAGUUUCCAAGUUCUUCGAACGAGUCCCUGCAAUGAUCGAGGAGCUCGGGCUACGCGUCAAGGUCGUGAAGGACGAGACAGAGGUGCCGGACCCUGUUACAGUCGCCGUCGAACGGAACCGCAAAGCCACCGAUGGGGGCUAUGAUGUUAUCGUCAUUGACGAACUUCAAACCGCGCAAAAGCUGCGAGAACUCGACAAAUUCAAGUACAUACCCAUGGUUCUGCUGAACCCAACCGUAUCUAUCAGCCUCAAAACUGUACUUGACCUUGGCAUUGCUUCAUACAUGACGACGCCCUGUCAAUUGAUUGACUUGGGUAACUGCAUGAUCCCUGCUUUGGAAGGCCGGUCCACGCCCGUCAUCAAGGACUACAAGAAGUCACUCAAUGUUUUGUUGGCCGAGGACAAUGAGGUCAACCAAAAGGUCGCCAUCAAAAUCCUGGAAAAAUACAACCAUGUGGUGACGGUCGUGGGCAACGGCUUGGAGGCCGUCAACGCCAUCAAGAAUGACCGAUUUGAUAUCGUGCUUAUGGACGUGCAAAUGCCGGUGAUGGGUGGGUUUGAAGCCACGCGAGAAAUUCGGCAGUAUGAAAAGGAGAGGGGACUGCCUCGAACGCCCAUCGUUGCGCUGACUGCCCACGCCAUGCUCGGAGAUCGAGAGAAAUGCAUUCAAGCACAAAUGGACGAAUAUCUGUCAAAACCGCUCAAACAAAAUCUGCUUAUGCAAACGAUCUUACGAGUGGCUUCCGACAGGGUGACAGAUAUUUUCAACAAACAGGCUCGAUCAAAAUCUAAUGGAGCUGGUAAUAGCAAUGGUGGUAGUACGGAUGGAAAGGAGGUCUCGUCACAAGCUAAAGCCGGAGAUUCUCGAACGACAUCGAGCUUAAGACCUCCUUUUAGUGAGAGAUCCGUGACAUCGUCAGGACCGGUGAAUCAUGGCAGUGUUGAGAGUCCCUCCUUGGGCAAAGAUGGCGAGCCCGAUCCGAUGUCGGCAGCUAACAGCAGCGUUCUUUUGAGGGCUCACAGUCAAUGA